AUGGGUCUCUUAAACUCAACACUUCGAUUUCAUGAACUCUCAGCUGCUGGAAUUGAAAAGGGAUUUCCGCCCAUCAUCCGCGUCAAACAUAAAUCAGGCUGGAGUAAAUUGAAUCGCCUUUCUGGCUUUGAACUCUUUCUCGAUGGCCCCAACGGUGAGCCUAUGUACACACUCGACUUCGAAGAGGGCUUCCACGGCGAUAUCGUCCUCCAUAGCGGACCAUCCGUCGACUCUCCAAAACUGGCUGUUUCUGGUAGAGAGUCAUAUUUUGACCCAGAAUAUUUGAUCCGCUUGCCUCCAAUUUCCGGCACUGCUCUCCAAGACCAGUUCCUCUAUUGGGACCUAGGACUGAGGACAUGCUUCUGGUUUGACAUUCAAGUCGGUCAUGGCCCAGACCAGCGCAUAGAGGGUUUCGAAUGGCGACGCUCUCGGGGCCCUGAAGUCAAGAGCGUUGGUCAAUCAAUCUGGAACGGACUCAAGCUCGUCCGUCUUGGCAGCACCAAGGGGCAGGGCUACGGCUAUUCCAGCGACGGCAAUGAGGUUGUUGCUGUUUGGGCAAACGCAAGAAGUUUCUCGAGUUUUUUAGCUGUUGGAGAGUUACAGUUCCUAGGAAGCGGUGCUACAGGCGAGUUGGGUCAGUUGUGGGCGCUGAUGGCUGUCAUGAGCUGCAUGUCGAUCUGGCAGAAGGCGGCGAGAGAUGCUGCCAGGUCAUCGAGCUCAGCACCAGCACCAGCAUGUUGA